UAGUUGAAAGCUGAGUCUGUGGAAUUGUUGGCAAUGCAGGGUGUGAGAAUUGUGUGGGUCUACCAUGUCACCUGGCUAGUGAACUCGGCAUGUCACGUUCAUGGAACACUGGGGAUCUAUCCAGGAACAAUUGGUGGGUAGCUUUGCUUGCACUUGGAGAGGGGUGGCACAACAACCAUCAUGCCUUUGAGUACUCAGCUCGCCAUGGACUGGACUGGUGGCAGCUCGACAUGACUUGGUAUGUAGUGAGACUACUUGAAGUUGUUGGAUUGGCUACAAAUGUGAAGGUUCCAUUAGAGACUCAAAAGCAAAGGAUGACUUUCAACAAUGAAACUAUCAUCAGCACAUGAGGCACACCCCU